AUGGACGUGUACCAGCACGAGGGCAAGCCGGAUGACAUACCAAAGGGCACCAAGUACCUGGGCUGCUUUGCGGACAAACCCAGCGAUAGGGCGCUCAAGCUCAAAUUCACCACAACCUCCAAAAUGGACUACGAUGCGAGUAUCAUCAUUGAUGUUUCCCAGUUUGCUCUUCGGAUUGCCUUUGGUUCUGUGUAUCGUAUAGGCAGCGCUCUUCUUGUCUGCUGAUGCACAUAUACAGAACGAUUGAUUGAUGCUUUUCCUCGGAGGAUGAUGUUGUUGGUCUUCGUAUGACGCAAAUGAAACUGGUACUAUGCAUACAUGUUCCGCGCUGUUUCAGGCGUGUAAGAAGAUAUGUGACAAGGAGGACGCAAGGUGCUUCUGCGGUGCACGGAAAGAGGACUACAACAAACAUGGACCCGCCAUCUGUCACAUGAAGUGCCCAGGCGACUCGGACUUGGUGUGUGGUGGUGACAGGGCUCAAAACGUGUUCCUCAUAAAGUCCUAACAGGUUGCGAUCACCCUGAGGGGCCCGCUGGCCACAUCGAGAUGUCUGCAGGGGUGCGAGUCCACCGGACUGCGCAUGCAUGCACGCGUGCGCCCCCUUAGAGUUGCUCGCGAAGCUGUGUGGACAGGAACAAGUUUUACUCGCGGGAGUGAGUCUCUCUGCAUGUGCGAGACCUGAGGAUGUUCGUAGACGCGCCGCCGUUGGUAGGUGGGAAACAAGGAAGUACACUUUUUGGAACGAAGCCGUGUACUUUGUUCCUUCGGACCAUUUGAACGAGGCUCGCGGCACGGCGCGACCCACCAGUCACCUUCGAUCUUCCUGUGCUUCAACUUUCGUAUCCCUGCAAUUCCAACGCAUGUUGAAGGGCAUGGCGUAUUGUGCGAUUGGCUGGCGGUGUUACUUGUCUUCGCAGAGUUUUCGUGCGGUGCGAUGGGCUGAUGUUGCCCGUACCGUCUACGUCACCCAUUGUAUAGCGGUCGUUUCAGUCAUUGCCGAAGCAGACACGGUGCAGGGCGUCGACGGCUAGACUUUUCUGCAGCCCCUCGGUCAGGAACGGCGUUCGAAGUUUUGAUACGGGUCGAAACUUCUUGGAACUGGAUAAUUGCCGCAUGAAUUGUGUAUUGUAUGUCUUGAUGAUUUCCUCUUCCCACCCGCUGCCACGGCGAUGUUCGUAUCGGUACACCCACACUCAUGGCAGCAGUAUUUAUAAUAGUAGUUCAAAUUGCUUUCGCAUCCUCAUUCUUGUUGUCCAUCACCCAUCCAUGCAGACCGCUCAUGUCGCACUUCCCACCUGAUAGUACCGAAUUUCGCCGUUCUGCGUGCCAACAGCGGUUGCGCGACAUUGUAGAUGAAGGGGGAUUGGUGACUUCUGAGAGAGGGCACAAGAAGGGGGAUGAAGAUAAACCGCAGAGCAGAGGAAUAUAAGAUUAGGUAUACAUGCAAAUUUCAUACUGGGUCUACAGUUUUCUCGAUGGCAUUAUGUUCUGUUGCUUACCGGGUUUGUUUCUUUCUUGCGGCUUGGAUCUUUGGACAUCGAACUCACAUGUAACUUAGUAUUGUUUUUCGAGGAUGGGCAUGCUUGUAUGCACUGUGCGGCGAUCUUCCCCACCCUACUCAAUCGUACGCUUUGCGUUCACAAGGUGGAGGACCUCGGUACAUAGUCUUGAUAUUGCGUGUGUGAGUGGGCGGUUUGUGUUGUGGGGGCGAGAAUUUCCUCUUUGCAAGCGCCCAACCCCGCCCAUUCAAUAAACUUGAUCAUGGGGUUUGUCAUAUUUUCGUCUUGGAUCGAUGAGGUUCGCUAGGCUCUUCCGAGUAAGAAUACGUUCGCUGUGUGAGCUGCUGAGCCUGAGAAACUUCACACCGCAGCUUGCAGCUGGCUGUGGGUUGGUGAUUAACCCUGCUGUUACUGUCACCUUGCAUCACCCCUUGAUGGCAUUCUGCUCUCAUGCGGCGAGCUCACGUAUGGUUUCUACAUUCAGUCAGUAUUAAACAUCGGCUGGCUGGCCUGGUCUGA